AUGUCUACGGAGGAGAGGCAUAUAUUUUAUAGCGCAGUGGUGCAAGUACCAACAAGGCGACCCAUACCUACUGUGACGGGCAGGAUUCCAGUCAACUUACUUCUCUACAAGGAAACUCGGUUUUGGUUUGAUGGUCCAGAAGACUAUGAGGAUGUUGUUCCGCAAACCUUGGUGGCUGUAGAGGGAUUUCUGGGGUGUCGUGAACGCGUGAGUCGUAUAGCUGCCCAACAGCUUUUGCAGAUGCCUAUCCCAGAACAAGAAGUGCCACCUAUUAUUGACAAGCUUGUUCAGAAGCUUUCGGUGGUGUCUGACGUGCCCAGUCAUAUGCCUAUUACUGUGUUGAUAUUAGACAUCACUGUGUCCUUAAUGGGUAGUGCUGACUAUGAUCAGGUCAUUGAUUGGGUUGCCAGACAAACCUUCUCGUAUUUGGGCCAUCCCAUUAGAGGAGGUGAGGUUAUAGGGGAACCAAGUGCAUCAUACAAGGCAAGUCGCACUCCUGCAGCUACAUCGUUUAUUCAUGGUUUGAAGAGAUUAAGACUUGAUACUUUGGAAGAAGCUGUUAUUAGAAAGACUCCAACUUGUGCCAUCUGUCUUCAGGAUUUUGCAGAAUCUGUUGAACAACUGAUCACUUGUUUGCCCUGCAAACACCAUUAUUAUGUCAAUUGCAUUGUCUUGUGCCUGGAGAUUAAUCACAUUUGCCCCUUGUGCCGACACCCGAUGCCAACUGCGGAAGCCUGCGAGCCAUUAACAAAUGCUACUGCAAAUUAA